AUGUCGGAUCUCUCCUCCCCUACAGCACCGGCCACUCCCAUCCCAAUCCCCACCCACCCCUCCACUCCGUCUCCCUCAUCAGCGAGUCUCAGCACCCUCCCGCAAGAACUGCUCGAACAAAUCGUUCUCGAGCUUGAUCUCCCCUCCGCCCUCGCCCUCGCUCGCGUCUCAUCCUUGUUCACCCCCAUCGCUGAUCAUCGGAUAUGGCGGGACCUCAACCUCUCCGUUGAAGAGGGAACUACGCGCCUCGCUGAGCGGGACUGCCGGGCAUGUGCGGAUCAUGGGCGUUACCACGCCUCCGGAUGUGAUCUGUGGGCAAAGGUGGAUAGCGUGCUGGGGAGGGGGAAUACCAAGAGAUGGGCAAUGGUGCGGGACGUGACGGUAGUCCCGCUCAGUGGGACAGGCGGCGCGAUCGCCCAUCUCCUCGAGGAGGUCUCCCCAUACCUACAAUCGCUUACCGUCCUAAAGAACACGUUUCGGGUUCCGUACCUGGACAUCGGACUGCUGCAUCACCGACGGAUCAUCAGAGAGCGCAACGUCGAGCUGUCGUUCCCGGCGCUCACACAUCUCACACUCGACUACGGUACGUUCGAAAUGGCCGAAUUCGUCUAUCUCCUCAGCGAGAUCGCUCCCAACCUAGUCUCGCUCAAACUCUCCUUUGACCUGGAAGCGUACGAGUGGCCUAGUUCAGAAGGUGGAUCGGACGAGGACGAGGACGAGCUUGAGGAGAUAAACGCUCCCUAUCCUCGUUCUGGUGUCCGUCUUCGCAAAUUGCGCUGGCUCUCCGUCUCCUGGUAUGGCGACGUGGAGCUACCCCCGGCGGGACCGGUCGCCUUCAACCCGAUUCGGUGGCUUAUCAAACAGAGCGACCGGCUCCAAAUCCUGUACCUCUGGUAUUUCGACGAUCAACAUUCCUUCGACUCCUCCAUAUUCUCCGAUCUACACGAGCUCUCGGAGCUACGGGAGCUGUACCUACCCGGCUGGUUUGAGCACACAGCGGCCCUGCGUACAACGCGCAUGAGUGAGCAGGAGAUGAUGCUGGCGGUGGAGAAGCAGGCCAAGCCGUCGCUGCCAGAUAGCGUGGAAAGGCUUGCUAUUCCCUAUGGAACAUGGCUUCACUCCACUACGCCCAUCGCCUCCCUACCUAUCGCCCGAGGCGUCAAAACCGUCAUCAUCUGCACCGAUUACUCCAGCGAACCGAUCAGCAUCGGACCAAUGGCCAUCAAUCCGGAAUUUGCCGCUUGGCUACGCGCUGCGCCUCACCUCGACGACAUCUAUUUCGCCUGCUGCGACAAUCCCCUCUGGAUAGCAGCGGAAACAAUCCCCGUCCACGCACUCGCCGGGAUCGACCACGGACGGCCCAUAGGAACCGUCUGGUCACUUCGGUAUCUCGGUCAAGAGCUUCUCCACCUGCGUUUCCUCGCAGAACCUUGCGACAGCAGGCGGUUCUAUCUUCCGUCGGCAUCGGGCGAUACAAGCGAGCUUUCAUGGCAUGACUAUACGGACUUCAGAGGCCAGGUGAUACCAAUGGAGGUUCUGGAGAGGAUGAGGCGUCAUGCGGGGUUGGAAACGGAGGGCUGGGAGCGGAGAGGCGUGGAUAAUGGAUGCACGGGGAGUCAUAAGAUACCCUACUUCCAUCUCGGGAAAGUAGAUGAGCAUCAGUCCUCGCAUGUCACUUCCCUCCGCAAUUCUCAGCGGCUAGAGAUUGGUCUGUAUACGUUCGAGCGGGCUGUACAUAUCCCUAGCUAUCAGACCAUUACAUUCGGCAAUGUCCGGCGCCGAGCUCCCGACUUCUCCUCCGAUCUCGACUCCACUCUCGACCAUCAUCUCAGCAUCUAUAGUCCGUUCAGCCUCUGCAGCGGCCUCGUGUCUUGUCGGUCCAGCCGACGCAACAAGAAGGACGUCCAUGAUAUGGUCCAGUCGGUACCGGUCGAAGCCGCCCCACUCUGGAGACGGGCGCUCUCGGUGACCCUCGACAGCUGGGCGUUGUGCCUGAACGGAAUCGCGGUCGGCCUCGCCUGGCGCUGGCCCGAUGUUGCUCGAGGAGGAGGCAUCAUCCACUCUGAAUACUCUGUACAAUACGGCGUAAUCUGCUCAAUCUUUCUGAUUACCGGUCUAACGCUAUCCAUACCCGCUUUAUGGAAUCAAGCCCGCAACUACCGCCUGCACCUCAUCACUCAAUUUAUAUCGCUCAUCGUCUACCCAGCGGUCACCUUUGCGCUGCUGAACAUCAUCCAGGCAGCGGGAAAUGCGGAGAUUGACAUCUAUAUUCUGAUUGGAGUCCAGUUUGUCGGGUGCGCAUGUACCAGUAUCGCCAGCAACAUCUCGGUCACUAUCGCGAGUGGCGGCAAUGGUGAGGCUGCUACGGUGGAAGUGGUUCUAGGCAAUCUCCUCUGCGUGCUCUUCAGCCCCUUGCUCAACCAGAUGUACUUCUCGGCUUCGGGCUGGGAUAGGGGGAUACCUAUUGGGGAGGACGGAUCGUCCGGUCUCGCGGGUCUGGGCGAGAUGUACCGAAAGGUCAUGAUGAAGAUGGGACUGGCGAUGCUGCUUCCUUUCACGACUGGGCUCGCCGUGCAAUACUACUUCCCCAAAGCAGUGAAGGCCGCUGGACAGGCGCUGCAUCUUCAGAAAGUAUCAUCCAUUCUCCUCGCCACCAUUGUCUGGGCUCUCUUUUCCACCCAAUUCCACAACGAUGCAUUCUCAAGCCUCCCAUCCGCUUCGAUAUACCUCCUAGUCUUCCUCAUCAUCAUCUUCUAUCUCGGCUUCAGCGCGGUCGGCUUCUGCGUAUCUCGUCAGACCUUCAUCCCAGCUCGACUAGACAGCAGAAUCAUACGAGCGGUCCGGCGGUACAAGCUAUCGAAGGGCGAAACGACCGCAGUCUGUUACUGCGCUGCAACAAAGGGCUUGGCGGUGGGCACGCCCAUGCUGGACGCGCUGUAUGGGGGCUUCGCGGCGAGGGAGAGAGCGAUCAUCUCCAUUCCGUUUGGGCUGUACCAGUUGGAGCAGCUCGUGAUGGCCCAGCUUCUCCGUCACGUCUUCAAGCGGUGGAACGCUCGACCAGAACCAGUACUGUCGAUGGACGAAGUGCCGAGCCAGAUUGUCGGUCACCAUGAGCUUCUCGAGAGGGAGGGCUCUAUGAUCGAGGAGGAUGUCGACAAAAACAGGGUAUUUUUGCCCAGGCUCCACUUCCGACCGCUCAGGUCCCGGUCAACACCGCCUCAUCCCGCGCUACUGCUCCUUGACUUCAGCAUGCUCCAGGCUACACUAUCGCCACGACCGAUCCGCCAGCGAGCAAUCAGAUUGGGCCGUCUUCUGGAGAUGCUGCCCGUGCACGGACCGGAGGGAAGGGGGGAGGAGCAGAUAUGCCUAGCGAUGGGGCACGAAGGGCAAGGAUUCGGCGCGGCGGAUACCUGUGGACUGCAAUCAAGUGGCACCCUCGGCCGUCUGCACCGGCUACUUCUCGCUGGCAGUACGUAG